AUGUUAAAAGGACCCCGUGGAAGGUUAAAUGGAAAUGGAGAGCUGUCAAGGGAGAUAGAUAUACCGUCUAAACUGGCAAGGGAGAUAGAUAUACCGUCGAAACUGUCAAGGGAGAUAGAUAUACCGUCUAAACUGUCAAGGGAGAUACAUAUAUCGUCUAAACUGUCAAGGGAGAUAGAUAUACCGUCUAAACUGUCAAGGGAGAUAGAUAUAUCGUCUAAACUGUCAAGGGAGAUAGAUAUACCGUCUAAACUGUCAAGGGAGAUAGAUAUACCGUCUAAACUGGCAAGGGAGAUAGAUAUAACGUCUAAACUGUCAAGGGAGAUAGAUAUACCGUCUAAACUGUCAAGGGAGAUAUAUAUACAGUCUAAACUGUCAAUGGAGAUAGAUAUAUCGUCUAAACUGGCAAGGGAGAUAGAUAUACCGUCUAAACUGUCAAGAGGGAUAGAUAUACAGUCUAAACUGUCAUGGGAGAUAGAUGUACCGUCUAAACUGGCAAAGGAGAUAGAUAUACAGUCUAAACUGUCAAGGGAGUUAGAUAUAUCGUCUAAACUGGCAAGGGAGAUAGAUAUACCGUCUAAACUGUCAAGAGGGAUAGAUAUACAGUCUAAACUGUCAUGGGAGAUAGAUGUACCGUCUAAACUGGCAAGGGAGAUAGAUAUACAGUCUAAACUGUCAAGGGAGUUAGAUAUAUCGUCUAAACUGGCAAGGGAGAUAGAUAUACCGUCUAAACUGUCAAGAGGGAUAGAUAUACAGUCUAAACUGUCAUGGGAGAUAGAUGUACCGUCUAAACUGUCAAGGGAGUUAGAUAUACAGUCUAAACUGUCAUGGGAGAUAUAUAUCGUCUAA